CUUGACCUUCUGGCCUUAUCAAGAAGCCAUUGCCCUCCCCUCGCUUCCUCCCUUGCUAGGUCGACACCAUGUUUGCCCGGUCCUUUGCCUUCCGGGCAUUCUCCCAACAAUGCCCUCGAAGCACGCUCUCCGCUCUCGAGUCCUCCAGCCCAGCAUGGAGGUAUUUCUCUUCUAGCGCAUCGCGAACAAAGGCCGCCGGCAAGGCCGCCAGCAGAGCCAAACAGGCCGCGCCCAAGCCGCGUGAGCCUGAAGAUUCCUUGAAGUUCGCCGGAAGACGCCCUGAGGGAUUCGGAAAGUUGGAACGGAAGGUUGCUAAGGAGGGAGAGAUCGUGUUGUUCCGGGCACCAUCACAGCGUGGCUACGUGUUGGGUGCAUACGGUAUCGCCGCUUUCUGCUUUGCCUACUCCGUGUACAAUUCCAACGCGGUCUUCCGCGACCCGCUCGUGCCUCUCCCUAUGUGGCAGCAGGGCUUGUUUGGCGGUAUCUGCAUAACGAUGAGCGUGAUGGGUACGGUGUUUCUCUUCAAAACUACCCGGUUGAUCAAGGCUGUAAAGGCCCUUCCUAUCAAUGGCCACACUCAUCUUCGCUUCACGGUGCGAAGCAUGAUCCCUUUCCGCAAGCCCUACGAGUUUGACGCCUUGCCACGCCAAAUAGCCUUCUCCCGCCGCUUGGUGGUCUCCCCGGAUUCGCUCCCAGAGUCGCUUAUGGAUACGCUUCCAGACUCCGCUGGCAACGCAGGACCUCAAGCUGCGGCUCAUGGCCAGCCAGAGAAGGUGAGCUUCUUUAGGCAUCCUUUGAAAAGGACGAGCAUGGCAUUCUGGAGACUGUUCCGGUCUGUCCGGCAAAUCUUUAGCCAGGAAGACUUUAUCCUUUUGGAGGUUGAGGGCCAGAAGGGCGUUUUGCGCAUGGAUUCCGGCGGUUUCGUCUCGCGGGACUUUAUGCUCAUCGGCAACCCCGUGAGUUUCCGGCGCUGAUGUGAGCUUGAGGACGAGCUAUCCGGUCUCGCCAUGAUAUCCUUCUUUUGAUGUCUAAUUACUCUAUACUUUGCCAUUUCCUUUGCCAUUAGCCUGCGAUGCGGUACGUCGCAGCAAUCCCUUCAUGCCAAGCCACCAUGUACAUAUGGAAUCACAAUGAAAACCGAACAAUC